GGCAAGCUGACUUCUGCCUGAUUCUUCUUGUAAGCAUAUAUCACCGUGGAAAUAUCCUCCUGCUUUAUUUGUUUAUCACAGAUAUUCUAUUGCAAUUUCACGCUAUCAAAAGACAAAAACUUUCUUUCAAAUCAGCUGGCGCAAUAUUUUAUUGUCCUUUUCAAGUAAAAGGAAACUGUUGAGCGGAUCGGAGGUGAAUUAUCGAAGAAUAACUGAAAUAAAUUUAUGCUCUGCUUAAGCUUCCUCUGUUAUCCAACUUGAAAUUUGGAAGGCCAAGGGUAAACAAUCAGCCAAGCCCGUGGAAGAAGCAUUUGAAGAUUUACUCCCUGCAACAUGGAAGAAGAUGGUCUGCUUUGUCCUCCUAUAAACCAGGUUGCUGGACACUAUGCUGAAGGGGGAAAUAUAGGACCUCUCAUUGACAAAGCGGGCCGGUUUUACAAGCCUUUACAAAAUAAUCAAAGAGGACAACAUGAAGUUGAAUUUUAUGAGAAGUUCUGGGCAGAUCAAACAAUACCACCCAUUGUGCAAGAUCUCUUUCCAAGAUUCUAUGGCACGAGAUCUGUUCAAGCUUCUGAUGAGACUGGGAUGUGUGAGUAUGCUGUAAUUGAGGACUUAACCUAUCAUUUUCAUCAUCCUUCAGUGAUUGAUAUCAAGAUGGGGUCACGAACAUGGUAUCCGGGGGCAACUGAGGAGUAUAUCAAGAAGUGCUUAGAUAAAGAUGGACAAAGCACUUCUGCUCUUCUAGGUUUCCGCCUAUCAGGGCUACAGGUUUAUGAAAUUGCUACAAAAGCCACGUGGAAGCCAGGCAAGGAGUGGUGCAAUGCAUUAAGCACUGAAGAGGUUAGGUUAGCAUUGAAACGUUUUGUCUCAACAAAUCCAUUCUCUGAGACAGAUCCAGAUGGUUCACUUGCAUCAUUCGUUUAUGGUGAGCCAGGAGGUGUUCUUUCACAACUCUUAGAGCUGAAAUCUUGGUUUGAAGAGCAAACAUGCUUUCAUUUCUCUUCAGCAUCCAUUCUACUGAUUUAUGAGGGUGAUUCAAAAAGCACUAUUCAAAAUUCUCCUAGAUCUGGUGUAUCUGUUAAGCUGGUUGACUUUGCUCAUGUCAUAAAUGGUCAAAACAUUAUUGAUCAUAAUUUUUUGGGAGGCUUGUGCUCAUUGAUCAAGGUUAUUUCCCAAACAACGGCUGACCUUGGCAAGAAGCUACCCGAAGAGCCUCCCUUGACUACUUAAAGUCAUGUUGCAUGGAACAAAAGGCUAAUUGAUUGAAGGGUACUCAUGACUUUACUUUCUUCAACAGAGGGAUGGGACUCACUUAUUAAAAAAUUGCCAAAAACAAAUUGUAUGGCAUGGCUUGCAUGUAUUCCGAACUGCAUGCAAUGAAUAUGCACCUUACAUAUUUGGAAAAUUUUGCCACUCUAGUGAAAGUCUUUAUAUAAUUUUCUACUUUGUUGAUUC